GACUGCACUGAUACGGGUCUCCCGCUCCUCAGGGAUAUGAAGUGAAGGGCUCUGACCCAGAAAGUGCCAGACUCUCUCAGCAACGCAAAAUGGGGUCUCGGGGGUGUGGAGGUUGCUUAAGUGGUCUGCUGGUUCCACUGGCUCUGUGGAGCAUCGUUGUUAAUCUUUUACUGUACUUCCCCAACGGGCAAGCCGCCUAUGCCUCCACUAGUCGUCUCAGCAACCACGUGUGGUACUUCGAAGGCAUCUGCUUCUCGGGUGUCGUGGUAAUCCAGGUCAAGUCCAUAUAUCUGACACUGGAAGACAUGAAAACAGGGAAGAUAUGCUGCAUAGAAGAACACCCAUCUGCAGAGUAUCUAACAGCACUGUUGAUGAUCUUUUCUGCCCUUGGGAUUGCUUCCUCUGGAUACUGCCUGGUCAUAUCUGCUUUGAGUCUUGUCCAGGGCCCGUACUGCCGCACCCGCAAUGGCUGGGAAUACGCCUUCGAAGCUUCUACCGGACGUUUUCUUACAGAUUCCAGCACAUGGAGUCGGUGCCUGGAACCUGCGCAUGUGGUUGAGUGGAACAUCAUUUUAUUUUCCAUUCUCAUAACCCUCAGUGGGCUUCAAGUGAUUGUUUGCCUCAUCAGAGGAGCCAUUCAACUCUCCAUGAUUCUCUGUGGAACCUACUCAGUCAUCGUCCAGCCUGGAAUCAUUUGAAUAAGAACAAGAAUGUUAAGCAGUGAUGUUGAAAAACCCAACAGACCCAUAACAAAACAAGAGCUAGACCUGGUUAUUGAGAAACUACCCACCAAGCAAAGUCCAGGACCAGGUGGUUUCACAGGGGCAUUCCACCACAUAUCCAAAGAGGACCUGCUACCAAUACCACAGCAACGCUUCCAGAACAUAGAAAAAGACAGCAGACUCCCACACACGUUCUGUGAAGCCAGCAUAGCACUGUUACCCAACCCAGGCACAGACCCCGCCAAGAUGACCAGAGAUGCUAAAAUCCUAACAGACAACGGAAUAGAGCAGCAUAUACAAGAAUAAUAAUAAUUCACCAUGACCAACUGGGAUUCGUUCCAGGUAUGCAGGGAUGGUUCCAUUUUCAAAAAACAAUCACACAAAGAAGGCAAGAAAUAAAACCCACGUGAUCCUAUCAAUCAAUUCAGAAAAGGCAUUUGACAGUAUUCUAUAUCCGUUUCUGUUCAAAACACUCAGGAAAAUAGGAUUAGAAGGAAAAUUCCUCAAGAUAAUAAAAGCCAUAUAUGCGAAACCAACAGCAAGCAUCAUGCUCAAUGGGGGAAAGCUACAAACACCCCAGUGGAAAAAGAGACCAAGCAAGGAUUCCCCCUCACCAUUCUGAUUCAGCAUCAUGCUGGAAGUUGUACCUAGCGUCAUCAGACAGCAAAGAACUCAAGGGACUACAAAUAGGCAAAGAAAAGAAGUGAAAUUGUCACUGUUUGCAGAUGAUAUGACCCUGUAGACAAAAAACCCAGAAGCCCCCACAAAGAGCCUGCUGGAAACAAGUGAGGAGUUCAGCAAGGUAGCACGAUACAAAGUUAAUAACCAUAAAUCAAUUGCAUCCCCAUAUGCCAGCAAAGGGAGCUACGAAAAAGACACUAAGAAAUCAAUACCAUUUGCAAUAACCAUGCUGAAGUUGAAAUACUUAGGAGUAGACUUAACAAAAGAAACAAAUGAACUAUGUAGAGAAAAUUACAGAACAUUACUACAAGACACUAAAAAGGACCUAUAUAAAUGGAAGAAUAUCCUAUGCUCAUGAACAGGCAGACUUAAUAAUGUGAAAAAUGACAAUACUACCUAAAACAAUCUACAGAUACAAUGCAAUACCGAUUCAAAUCCCAAAUAAAUCCUUUAGAGAAAUGGAAAAACGAAUUACCAAUGUCAUAUGGGAAAUCAAAAGACCCAGGAUAAGCAAAGAAGACCCGAGCAGAAGGCCUAGCACUCCCUGACCUAGAAACCCAUGGCAGAGCCGUGGCAGUCCAACAGCCUGGUCCUGGCACAAUGGAAGACACAUGGAUCCGAACAGAAACCCAAGCGUCAAAGCAUCAGCCUACAGCCACCUAAUCUUUGAAAAAACCCAAGAAAUAUCUAUCGAGAGAAAGACAACCUCCUCAACAAAUGGUGCUGGACAAACAGGAUUUCCAGUUCUUACCAACGACUCAUUGGACAAAGGGCUGAUUAUCAAAAUAUACAGAACGCUACAACAGCUCAAUAAGAAAAUGACAAGACACCCAAUUAAGAGAUGGGAAAAGGAUAUGAACAGAUAACUCACUAAAAAAAAAAAGUGCAAAUGGCUAACGCACAUAUGAAAAAAUGCUCACAAUCACUAG